CGGCGUCAGGAAGGCAGUCGCGGCCGCUUGCUCGAGUCCGGGGAAAAGCCCCGGGGUGGCCGUCGAACGCUGGAAGCAGCCGGCCGAGAGGCGGCUUUUAGGAGGUUCUGAAUGAUGAAUGAAAUGGGUUUCUAUGAUGCCACUUGGAGCCUCAUUCACUGUGGAAUGGAUUGAUAAAGUUGUCUGGAGAUUUGACAGUAGACAGGAGAACAACACCAGAGCUGUGAUUUCUGCUUCUGUUAUUUUCACUGGACACAAACAGUGCAGCCUGUCUGCAAAGGAAAGAGACUUUUUCACACCUUCCUACUUUUUGCUGUUUCUAAUGAAGACAGCCCAGCAUCGUCCCACCUUUCUGAUUUAGGGCAUAUCUCUUCCAAGACGGAUGGUCUGUCAAAAGCUGUAGGAUGCCUGCAGAGAACAUCAUAAUGAAGUAGCGAAUUGAUAGUGCUGCUGCUGCCGCCUAAUUGUCAGGAUCACAGCCGAUAAAGCUGCACUGGCCUUUCCCUGCUUCCUUACUCGGGUCAGGAACAGCAGGGUGGACAUGGCUGGCCUCAUUAACAACCUGCUAAUAUUGUUCCUUAUUUUUCAAAACAGCUGUUUGGCAUUCAGAAGCCCUCUUUCUGUCUUUAAGAGGUAUAAGGACACUGCCAGAUCUCAUUCUAAUGAAUGUCUUGGCAGCAACAAGCAGCUGGUUCCUUUAGGCUUAUCAGAUUUUGCAUUGGACAUUCGCAUGCCUGGUGUGACGCCUAAGCAGUCUGAUACCUACCUUUGCAUGUCUCUUCGUUUGCCAGUGGAGGAGGAAGCCUAUGUAGUUGACUUCAAACCUCAUGCUAGUAUGGACACUGUCCACCAUAUGCUACUCUUUGGAUGUAACAAUCCGGCUUCAGAUGAAGAUUACUGGGACUGCGAUGGAGGAACAUGCAUGGACACAUCCAAUAUUCUGUAUGCUUGGGCAAGAAAUGCACCACCAACAAGACUUCCGAACGGUGUUGGAUUCAAAGUUGGAGGAGAAAAGGGUAGCAAAUACUUUGUACUCCAAGUACAUUAUGGCGAUGUUAGUGCAUUCAAAGAUAAUCACAAAGACUGUUCUGGUGUAACUUUACAUCUGACUAAUCAAAAACAGCCUAUGAUUGCUGGCAUGUAUCUCAUGAUGUCCGUGGAUACUGUUAUACCACCAGGAGAGAAAGCGGUGAAUGCCGAUAUUGCUUGCCAUUAUAAAAUGUACCCAAUGCACUUGUUUGCUUAUAGAGUGCACACCCAUCACUUAGGAAAAGUAGUAAGCGGGUACAGAAUUAGAGACGGUCAAUGGACGCUUAUUGGCAGGCAGAGUCCUCAGUUGCCACAGGCGUUUUACCCUGUAGAAAAUCCUGUAGAAAUCAAGUAUGGAGACACUCUAGCAGCAAGAUGCGUCUUUACCGGUGAAGGUAGAUCUUCAGAAACAUACAUAGGGGGCACAGCCAGUGAUGAAAUGUGCAAUUUCUACAUUAUGUAUUACAUGGAAGCCAAACAUGCAGUCUCAUACAUGACCUGUACACAGAACAUAAACCCAGAGAUGUUCAGAAGCAUACCACAAGAGGCAAAUAUUCCGAUUCCAGUCAAGCCUGAUAUGACUAUGAUGGUCCAUGGACAUCAUGAAGAAGCCAAAAGUGGAGAUAAAGGUUCUAUAAUGCAACAACCAAAAAGAGAAGAGGAGGAGGUUUUAGACCAGGGUGAUUUCUAUUCACUCAUUUCCAAGCUGCUAGGAGAAAGGGAAGAUGUUGUUCAUGUGCACAAAUAUAAUCCUACAGAAAAGGCAGAAUCAGAUCUUGUAGCUGAGAUUGCUAAUGUAGUCCAGAAGAAGGACCUUGGUUGGCGUGAUGCCAGAGAGUUUUCCAAUAAUGACGAAAGGGCCAAUACCAUUCUUGUCAGAGACAGAAUCCACAAAUUUCACAGAUUAGAAUCCACUCUGAGGCCACCAGAGAACAGGCACCUUGCUUUGCUGCAGUCUAAACACGGUGAAGGGGACUGGGGAAAAGGACGUACAGGAGAUUUACUCAUAGAAGAAGUAGUUGAUUGGCCUGGAAUAGAUCUCAAACUGGGCCAGGUUUCUGGACUGGCCCUGGAUCCUAACAGUAACUUGGUCGUCUUCCACAGGGGUGAUCACAUAUGGGACGCAAACUCAUUUGACAGUAAUUAUGUUUAUCAACAAAAAGGGCUUGGACCUAUUAAAGAAAACACUAUUCUUGUACUUGAUCCUAGUAAUUCAGCCAUUCUUCAGUCCACAGGAAGAAAUCUGUUUUAUUUACCGCAUGGCUUGAGUAUAGAUAAUCAUGGUAACUACUGGGUGACUGAUGUAGCUCUUCAUCAGGUAUUCAAACUGGCACCGCAUAGAAUGGAAUCUCCAUUACUGACUUUAGGGAGGGCUUUGGAACCUGGAAGCGACAAAAACCACUUCUGCCAACCAACAGAUGCAGCGGUUGAUCCAGUUACUGGCAAUAUUUAUGUGUCCGAUGGUUACUGCAAUAGUCGUAUUGUUCAGUUCUCUCCAAAUGGAAUGUUCAUCAUGCAGUGGGGAGAAGAGACUUCUGUUGGUCAAGCUAAACCUGGCCAGUUCAGCAUCCCUCACAGCUUAACGCUCGUAACUGAUUUUGGUCAACUGUGUGUAGCGGACAGAGAGAAUGGUCGGAUUCAGUGUUUUAAACCUGAAACUGGAGAAUUUGUGAGAGAAAUCCAACAUCCAUCAUUUGGGAAAGAAGUAUUUGCGGUUUCUUAUGCUCCAGGUGGUCUACUGUUUGCAGUAAAUGGGAAACCUUACCCUGGAGACAAGGAGCUGGUGCAAGCAUUUGUGAUGAACUUUUCAACUGGAGAAAUCAUUGACACUUUCAUUCCGCUUAGAAAGAGUUUUGAGAUGCCGCAUGACAUUGUUGCUUCCGAAGACAGAACGGUGUAUAUCGGUGAUGCUCACACCAACACAGUAUGGAAGUUUGCAUCCACAGAAAAAAUGGAGCAUCGGUCUGUUAAAAAGGCUGGGAUUGAGGUACAGGAAAUAAAAGAAACAGAGGCUGUUAUAGAAGCCAAACUGACAAACAAACCCACGUCAAAGGAAUUGUUAAAGAAAGAGGAAAAGCAGCAUGUGAUCCAGCAGGCUAAUACCGGAGUUUCUUUUGUUCUUAUUACAACACUUCUAAUUAUUCCAAUUGUUGUCCUCUUGGCAAUUGCCAUAUUUAUCUGGUGGAGAAAGACAAGAAUCUAUGGAGCUGAUGCUGAGCAUAAACUUGAUUCAAGUUCAGGGAGAAUCCUGGGCAAAUUUAGAGGAAAAGGUAGCGGAGGCCUUAACCUUGGGAACUUCUUCGCAAGGCGUGCAGGCUACAGUCAGAAAGGGUUUGACCGACUUAGUACCGAAGGAAGCGAUCAAGAGAAAGAUGAGGACGAUGCCACAGACUCAGAAGAGGAAGACGCCGUUCCCCGGCCUCCAGUGAUACCCCCAUCUUCUUCCUGAAACUGGCCUUGGAUUUCUACAUUGUAUGAUUCUACAAAGAUUGCCAGAUUUAGCACGUUUUAAAAUUUUGUGUAUUUAAUUGUAAACUGUACUAGUCCUUUGUGAGGCUGUACACAUUUUUUUCCCUUUUUAUUUCUUUUGCUUCAGUUUGAUUUUGAGGUGUGAACAUUUCAUAUCAGUGCCAUUGUCUUACGUGAACCUUUCACUAAAGCAGGACAAUAUCAUUUUAUUUGCAGUAAUGAUUUUAAACUAGUAGUAUUUGCUCAUUUCAUUUAGGGACCUUCUCUAUAUUUGUAAAUAAGUCCCAGCCUCUGCUUUAAAGUUUUUUGUUUGUCUGUUUUUCAGUUUUCAGAUUUUUUUGUGCCUUUUCACUUUCAAUGCCCUUACCUGAUCACAGAACAGAGAGAAUUCAGUGCCACAAUAAAACAAAGCUGCUAAAACUCCUAUUUUUUAAGAAAAAUCACUAGCAUUCUGUUGCUUUGAGGGAAAGAUUUUAAAAGUCUCUAUUUAAAACCUGUUUUUUUCUUCCUCCAGACUUUGUGUGUUUCCAGGAUGUCUUAUUUUUAGAUGGUUAUACUGUUAGAACACUAUUUUCAGAAGCUGAAUGUAAUUUGUGUAAUAAAGUGUUCGCAGAGCAUUCA